GCCACGUCGUUUUGCAACACUGCCGCAUUUGAAAAUACCGACAUCUGGCUGCGGUUUGCAGCAGGCGCGCUUGUUUUACUUUAAGUCGAAUUUAGGCGAAUUAGCGACUGGAAAAGAUGUACAACGACGAGGUGCGAACGCCGCAAGCCCUCAAGAAUCGAUAUUUUACAAAUCUGAGCGAAUUGAAGUGCCGGUCGCGGCGUAACAGCCACUCGAACAGCUACAACUCGGCGGCGUCGGCAACGCCAACGAAUGGCGGCAAAGAAAAUGGAAAAUACAGCCCCCAGAUGUCGGGAAAUGUGUGCACCCCGCCCCCGAAAAGGCUGCACAAGGUGCGGAAUCCCUUCGAAGGAGCGAUGGCGGAUCGUUUGCACCUGCCCCUGAUUGGCAGUCCCUCGCUUUUCCGCUCGAGGACUCCCCAACUUUCGUCCACCCAGUUCGAGUGGAACAUUGACGAGGUCUCCCAACUGAAACCCGCCGACGUGGAGCCCCACGAGACGCAGUUCCACGAUUCCCCCGAUCCCGAGCAGGAAUCCAAGGCCCAGCUGGCGAUCAGUGCCUUUUUCAAGGAGACACACAUUGUGGCCAGCCCCGUGGAUUGUCCACUGCGAAAACAGCGCAUAAUACUCAACCGCAGCGAGGACAACACCCCCAUAUCCAAGAAGUCGCGGUGGAUGCGAGAUUGCGAGGUGCAAACUGAACUAACUCUGCCGCCGAUACUGCCAAAAGCGCUAGAGGAUGCCCUGCGUCCGUACUUUCAGCCCCACUUGGCUGGCCGCUUGUCUGGCAGGAGCAAAUCUAGUGGCGGUCAAGACAUCUUCAAUAGUUCCAUGCGCCGGAAACUCUUCGAUCUGCAUAAUGUCAUUGUUUUGGGCGAACAGGAGACGGCAGAGCACUCGAGGUCCAUGGUGGGCUCCAGUCCGCAGGGCAAGCAAACGAUGUUUGCGGGCAGACUGUCGGAUUCCGCCUCCGGCGAAAGCAGCUUUGGCUGCCUUUCCCCCAUUAGAAACUUGUGCGGACUGCCGCCAGGCACCCCCGAUGAUGGCAACUGCUCCGGAAAGCGUAAGUUUUUAAUGCAAGAGUUGGAGCUGCCGUCGCCCAUUCCGCCAUCGGAGCAUCUCAGCCGGCGAUUGGUGCACUCCAAGGUGGAGGUCAGCGUUACGGAGCAGCAGGACACAUUGUCGGAGAGCACUGCCUUGAAGUUCACGCCGGACAGGAGCUCCUCUCCCAUGGGCGCCUUGGAGCACUCCGAUUGCAGCAUCAAUCAGCGGGUUAGGCGGCUGCGUGUGAACAGCACGCGACAGAUUAUGAUCGAGGGUGGCGAUCAGCCGCUUUUCGAGGAAACUGAGGGGGAGGAGGAGGAGGCUGAGUCCGAGGACGACGAGGAGGCGGAGGCCAUGCAACUAUCGACCGUGAGCUUCAACUGCAGCUCCUCCAACUCGGAUACUCCGCGCGGGCAUAAACGACAUCGCUCCGCACAACGCAAGAAUCUCUCGCAGUCCUUUAGUGCCAAUUUGGAGGACGAAGAGGAUCAGACAAGAGCUGCCGGCUCAAGCCAGCCAGCGGAGCCUCCUGCACUUGCAGUGCCUCAGCAAGCAGCCAGGAUUCCGCUGUAUCGGGCGGACAGUGGCUUCAACGAGACCUCUAGCACGACUGCCUUCUCCCAGGAUCUCCAUUUGGAUGUGUCCAUGGCCUGCUGCUCCACCCCCUCCACCCGAUCUUGACCCUUGCAGUUCGCCGUUCUAGAUUGUAGCACCUAAUUUUAUAGGCAAUUUAUGCAAUAACUCCUUUUCCCAGGCUAAAGAGAGGAAGACUUGUUUUUAACUGCAAUGUAAACCCACCGUUUAUAUAUAUUUUGUAUUCGUAAUUGUAUUGUUCAUUUAGAAAAUUGCCAAAUAGUGAAGUAAGCCGUGCGUUUGUCAUUCAUUACCUUAACUCAUUGUCAUUGUUUUGUGUAGUGUACUUAAUAAAUCUCGUUCGAUGCCAUA